ACAGCUUAUAUACUCACUUAGACUGUCGGCAGGUAUACAUUCAUUCCCUGUUCAUCACACUUUAUUUCAUGUCUAGUUUGUGUUGCCUGUGAGUAUCAUUCAUGUUUUUUUACUUGCACAGUUACACGUUGGUUUCGUAAUGACAAGCUGCUGUGCAGAAGAUGUCCACGCUGUCUGUGACUGAUAUUCCAGAUGUUGGUCGUGAUGAAAGUAAGGUGUUUGACGGGGCCUCUGAGCUGCAGCUGGACUGCAUGGUUGAGGAAGGCAGUGGAAGCACCGCAAUGAAGCACGGCGGCCUGCUGUCACUGGCUGACCUCUCCAGGCCAGAUGACUUUCCCGCCCCCCCACACAAUGGCUCAUCCCUGACCGACAUAAGCAGCCCUCUGCCGGUGGAGCUGAGCGACAUCAAGUUGGACCCUGGAUCUGCAGGGGACACACCCGCCAGCUUAGAUGGCCAGCCAGUGAAGAGGAAGAAGGGGCCUGCGCCGAAGAUGCUGGGCAAUGAGGUGUGCAGUGUCUGCGGGGACAAGGCCUCUGGCUUCCAUUACAAUGUACUGAGCUGCGAGGGCUGCAAGGGCUUCUUUCGACGCAGCGUCAUCAAAAGCGCCCAGUACAACUGCAAGAACAAUGGCCGCUGUGAAAUGGACAUGUACAUGCGGCGCAAGUGCCAGCAGUGCCGCCUGCGCAAGUGUCGGGAGGCGGGCAUGCUGGAGCAGUGCGUGCUCUCUGAGGAACAGAUCCGACUGAAGAAGAUGAAAAAGCAGCAUGAGGAUGUGACGGCCCGCAGCUCCACAGUGGUCACCCCCACCCCUCCUCUGGAAACAGCUUCUCUGGACCCCCAGCAGCAGGAGAUGAUCGAGAAGCUGGUGUCCAUGCAGAAACAAUGCAACAAGAGGUCUUUCCUGGAACGACCCAAAGUGACACCGUGGCCUGAGAGUCAGGACCCUCAAAACAGAGAGGUGCGUCAGCAGCGCUUCGCCCACUUCACUGAGCUCGCAAUCAUGUCCGUGCAGGAGAUUGUGGAUUUCGCGAAGCAGCUUCCUGGUUUCCUGGAGCUCACCAGGGAGGACCAGAUUGCUCUGUUAAAGACGUCAACCAUUGAGAUUAUGCUGCUUGAGACUUCUCGGCGAUACAACCCUACUAUCGACAGCAUCACGUUUCUGAAGGAUUUCAGCUAUAAUAAGGAGGAUUUUGCCAAAGCAGGACUUCAGUUUGAGUUCAUCAAUCCCAUCUUUGAGUUCUCAAAAGGAAUGAAUGACCUGCAGCUGGACGAGGCCGAGUACGCCCUGCUGAUCGCCAUCAACAUCUUUUCCGCAGAUCGGCCAAAUGUGCAGGAUCAUGGACUGGUGGAGAGGCUACAGCAACCCUACGUGGACGCACUGCGCUCUUAUAUCAUGAUAAAGAGACCAAAUGAUCAUCUGAUGUUUCCGCGCAUGCUGAUGAAGUUGGUGAGCCUCCGUACACUAAGCAGCGUCCACUCGGAGCAGGUGUUCGCCCUCCGUCUCCAGGACAAGAAGCUUCCACCACUGCUUUCUGAAAUUUGGGACGUCAAUGAGUGACGGCAGACCGGAUGUCACCCUCUGUGAAGUCUUGAGACAGACGUUGCAUCAAGCAGGAAUACUGACUCCUUUCUGCCGCCAUCUGGUCAGGGAUUGGUUAUGCAGUGAGAUUUAUUUUUCUCGUGUGGGAGGAGAGCAUCAUUGCCCUUUUUUGUUCGCAAACAGACUGAUACAAUGUUUAGUGUUCAAAUAGAAAAACAUGAACGCCUAGUUGUCUUCGAGCCUUUUGUUCUUACUUUUUUGUAGAUGCUGACAUGAUCAUGGCGAUAUUGAAUACCAGCAUUGGGCUCUUUAGCCAGUUUUCUCUGAUUUAUUAUUUGUCAAUUUCUAGUGCAGUUUCUAUACUCCCUCUAACAAUUAUAAUCUGAGCAGGUCUUGGUUGUGGCUUCCUCCAAACAUCAGGAUUAAACCUGCACGUUAAGGUUGAAAUAGUUUUUUCUUGCAGUCGUGCAAUAGGUGGAAAUGGGCACAGAGUGAAGCAUGAGCAUAUGUACUGUUCACUUUAUCGAUGUUUUGAAGAGGUAGGCCAGCUGGUUGGUAUUGUGAAUUGGCAAAUAGUUUGUGUUAGGCUGUGUCCUUUUGGAGUAAGUGCAGAAAUGUAAAGGUGGGUGUAGUUGCUCAGGUAAAGUAAUGUGAAAUAGACCUCUGGGAAUUAGAGGCUUCCUUCAUUUCCAUUAGAUUACUUUAGUUUUCUUCAAAAGAGACCCUUUUGGUCAUUUAUAGAUGCCCAUUAACUUUCAUGUAAAUUGUAUAUUUAUUUUCACAGUAAAAAUGUAUAGAGUGCACACAUAGAUUGUACAAUCAUAAACUAACGCACAAGAAUGCAGACUGUGCCCUCAUUAACAAGAAAUGGUGUUAAGUCAAUCUUUUAUCAAACAGAGCACUGGUAACUUGCAAUGGGUGUUUCUAAUGUGUCUUUAUUUACGUAUGUAAAGAUUAAGCAUCGGUUAAAAAGGAAGUCCAGCUACCAUCUCUGUGAACUGAUUUCCAAAUAAAUGGAAAUGAAUACUGACUGAAGUUGUAUAAAUGAAUUAAAUGUACAACGAUAUGCCCCAAUAAUCACGUUAGGUCAUUAUAUGAAUUGAACUUUCAUUUCAUCACAAAGUUAUUUUUAUAUUUUUGUUUUAUCACUAACAAAUUAAGGUGUGAAAAAAGAACAGGCAACGUUUGAGUAGUUGAAACAUUUGACAGCCCUUUAUUUUUGAUAAUUUACGACACUGAGGGGAAAAAUAUAUAGCUGAAAUAAUAUCUCGAUCUAAAGGUCACCAUGCUCUGAGUAUCUUCCUUAAAAACUACUCAACACUAACAGCUUUAACGCUCAGAUUGUUUGGAAAGCCUCACUGAGAGAAAGAUAUACCAACACAUCUUUAAAUGGGAAGCAGCGAACUACAGGAAAUGAGUAGUAACAUCUAUAACUAUUUAUACUCAUGCAUUCUCCUAAGAAGUGUAAACUUGAAAUGCAUAACGGAUGAUAAAGAAAUGUUAAUGCAAAUUCAUAACUGUGAAGUUUAUUUUCUCAUGUUGAUGUUUGGACGAGGGCUGAAAAUGGGAUAUAACGCCACUGUAGACUGUUUUGAAGAGACAAUGUAUUGGCAGCCUGUGUAGCCAUUUCCAGGUAUCACCAUUAGACUUGUGAUAGCAAACAGCAUAAACAAUUGAAGCUUUUCAAGGUGCCAGUUACAUUCGGACAUUAUACUUUAUUGUAUUGACUUGUUUGUUUUUUUCAGGUACAAUUUAUUUUGGCUUUUAAUUCAUAAAACUGCAUUUAGAAGCUAAAAUGAAACGGUGAUUCAAAUACAAAUGCACACAACUGACAUUACCACAGGCACAGUCAAUAAAUAAUAUGUAAAUAAAUAUAUUGAUGUAUAAAAAUGGGCAGAUCUAAUUAUGAUUUGGACAAGAUAACAAGGGUUGUUUCUUUAUCCCCCAGCAUGUCUAUUGCUUAUUUUUCUUGAAAUUAACGACCUGUUGUGAAGCUCCAACAGCGACAAAUGAUGUUUCUUUUUCUUUAACUCAACAUGCAGCAGACUUUAGGACGCGUGUAUGAACGAUCUCAACAAACAAGAAGAAUACUGCAAUACAUGAUUUAAUUAUUAAUGCUAAUAGCAUAAAGGUGUCAAUUUGGUUUUGUGUCCUAUUUGAUUAAACCAUGACGUAUAAAAUAGAUUUUUGAUAAAAUGAUCUGACAGCUAAUUGGAGCAGUAGAUCAACACCUCUCCCUCUACUCUUUAGUAAACCUGCAAAGUGCAGUGAGCUCCACCUAUUAGUGGCUUGUUGAAUGAACAAAAACAGGUGUGUUUUCCUUCCACAUUCUUUAUUGCAAUAACAGUGAUAUGUUCUCCAACAUUCAGAAUCUUCACAGGAACAAAAGUAGCCCGAGUGUUUUCCUACCUCUCCCUCAACAGUCGCAUAGCAAAACACCAGGCUACUGCUGAGCAUUUGUUUUUCUGCUACUGGAAGCCAGUGCAGCCCAGGUACAACAUGAGGAGCGUAAGCAUCAUUCCCAUCUAUUGUAUUGCAUUGCUAAUUCAAAGGUUGCCUGAAUGUGUUUCCAUCCAGCAGGAAAAAAUAAAGCCAGAAGUGACCUGGCUUUUUCUGACCACCAAUUGUAUCAAGCCGUUUGACUUUCCCUUCAAAAUUUGAUUUACUUUUUAUAUUUGCUCUAAAAGUAUUUGUUCAAAUUGAUUUUCUUACACCCUUCCAACCCUUUGGUAUUAAUGGUUUUCAUUUGGCAGGACGAUCAAUAUUAAAGAAGCCGGACGAAUGUGAGAGUGUGCAGCAUUUAAACCCCAACAAGGAUUUAUUUAUCUUAGUUUGGGUCCUCCAAAGACAUUAAAGGUGUGCUUUUAGUUUGCUGCUUGCAGGGUAUCACUUGCCAAACGAAUCGAUUGAGUUUGGUUUGAAGUAGUCUCUGUAACACUUGGGGGAAUUUUACACCAUGCCCCAAUUAAAUCCAUGCUCUACUUACAGGUGGACUUUGAUAAAACUGAAAUUAUUUUGUCAUGGGGUGCUGAUCAAACAUGCAAAGAUGCAUUUGUUGAGCUAUUUUAAUCUGAGUUUUUUAGUGUACAUUUUAUGUUAAUGCUGUAUCAAGUUUAAUUGUACUGUAUAUACUGUAAUUUUUAUUUCUGAUCUCAUUUAAUUCCUGUCUUCAAAGAGUGAUACUGUAAACAUAGAAAUGCAACCUAUUUUAAUACUUGUAACUCCUGAAUACCUUCUGUUUUGUAUGUACAGUAUGAAUUAAAGCUACGCUGUAGUGCUGAUAAGAUUGGAAUCAAAA